AUGCCAGCCCACAAUCGCAAAGAGCGCCGCGCAGCCGCUGCAUCGGCCGCUGCACCUCUCGAUGGCUUCGACUCCGCGUCCAUUCCUUUAAGCCGCCCGUCUUCACAUACGUUUGCGUCGCAGAAGAACGCAAAAACGCUUCUCGAGAUUGCUGCUGAGCGGAAUGCAGCUACCGGCAGCUCUCAACCGGAGCUUAUCCACGUAUCGUCGUCGGGCGACAUCCUGGGGACAGAGAAGCUUCCCCACGCUGACUCAAGCUCUUCCCGCCCGGCAGAUCGCAGCGUGGACGCCCAUGACGAUAUCGGCAACGGCGAUGACGCGGAAAUCCCUCCUCUUCCAGAUACCAUAUUCCUGUCGUUCCCACUCUCUGUCCUCUACUUUACGCUCUCGUUCCUGGCCGCCCACCAGUAUGCCCAAGAAACCCCCCUCGGAAAGCUGUCGCGAGAUACCAUAUUCAUCGCCUUCCCCACCCUGACCUUCAUCAUACACUUGGCCCACGGCCAUAUAAUAUCAUUUCGUUCGCUCAAUGUACUUGGCAGGAGAGCAGCGGCGAAAAAAAAUGCUUUCCCUGGUGUUGCCACGUCCGCUACGCCCUUGUCCAUGCAGUCUCUGUUUCCACUCAAUGCCCACAAUAUCAUCUUCUGCGUAAUUUCUAUCUUGCUGGGUAUGCGUCUCAUUGCUAUGACAAAUGAGGGCUCAUAUUAUGCUGUAAUGAAAAGGGCUCCAUCCAUUGGGACCUUGUGGGUUUGGUCUGUUUUUGAACUCUCCCCUGGUCCAGCUGUCCUAGGACUUCUCAUUCCUGUCGUUUGGGCAGUUGGCUGGAAAGACUAUCGGUUGAUAUAG